AUGAAAAUACUUGCAACCUUAUUUACAAUUUUAUUAUUGGUCAAUUUUUGUUUUUCAACACCAAUUCGUUUACUUGAUGGUAAUAAUUGUUCAUUUAAUGCAACCGAUGGUAAAAUUUAUGAUUUAAGUUCAAUUGGUUAUCUCGAAUAUAAUUAUCCAUCAACUUCUGUUGUCCCAAACAGAAUUAUUGCUUUAAAUCUUUGUUCUGCAUUAACUGGAACUCAACCAUGUGGAACUAAUCCAAAACCAACCUAUAUUUGCCAAAAAGAUAGUGCCACAAGUCAAACUGGUAUGGGUCUUACAGCAACAACUCCAACUCAAUUACAACCAUCUGCAAAUGAUACCUUUGUUUCUUUACAAUAUACUGGUGUACUUUGUGGUAUGAAUAACAUAAAAACCAUUGUCAACAUUGAAUGUGGAGGUAGCGAUAAAAUUUUUUCUGUUACCCAAGGCACUUUAAAACCUAAUGCUUGUAGUGUUCAAAAUACUAUUAUCAUUCAAUCUAAUAUGUUUUGUUCAUCUUCACCAAAAUCUGGUCUUUCAGGUGGUGAUGUUUUCUUAAUUAUAUUUUUUUGUGGUUUUGGUGCAUACUUUAUUUUUGGUAUUGCAAUUCAAUGUUAUAGAGGAAAGAGAGGAGCUGAAGCUGUACCAAAUAUCGAAUUCUGGAAAAGUUUUGGUGGAUUAAUUAAAGAUGGUGUUGGUUUCAUUAAAUCCAAGAUUUUCCGUACAGCUGCCACUUCUGGUUAUCAAGCAAUCUAA